GUUGGAAUAGGGAAUGAUUCACAUCGUAAAGUAUUGUUAUUAUAUAUCAGGAAGUUGAGAAAAUUAAUUUUAUCAUCAUCUACUGUAGCAGUACCAAUUGAAAAUAAUAUGUCAUCGGAAAUUAUAAACGAUGGUGACCUGACAAAAGUUUCCAUUGAAGAAAAUAAUUUAACCAUAUUAACACCUAUCACGGAGGAAGAGGAACCGUGUUUUCCAGAAAUUUCUAAUGACAUCACUGACAAUAAUGAAGAAGAACCGAUUUCUGAAAAUAAAUCACAAGAUAAUGCUCCGAUUCAUGAAUCGGAUGAACUUUCUUCAAACGAAACAAACUCAGUAUCUGCAAGUUCUGAGGAUGACUAUACUCCAACAUCUCGGUCGCGGAAACAUUAUAGUACAGAUAAUGAAGAUUUAUUAGCUUUGAGAAAAGAGCGUGGUGCGGUUGUACGAGAUUCUAAUUGGCGUCUUUCUAUGCCUGUGACAAAUAGUGAAUUACCUCCCUAUCACAACAGCGGAUUACCUUCGUACCACGAUGUGGUUGAUCGACAACGCAUAGUGACGUGUGAGGAAGAAGUAAUUCACGAAGAGUUACCUCCUUAUUCUUGUAGUGUACAUAAAGCAGGAUAUGUUUUCAAAAAGAAUGAAUUUUCUUCAAAAGGUUAUAGAUCGAGAGACAGAUCAUGGAAAAAACAAUAUUUAUAUUUAUGGGGAACUUUUUUACGCAUAUAUAAAAGUGAACCAAUUGAUAUUAAUAGAGUAACUCCAACUCAUGAGUUCAGUAUGCUAAAUACUCAAAUAGGUUUAGCAACAGAUUACUCUAAAAAAAAUAAUGUGAUAAGAGUGCGAAUUUCUUCUACUGGGCACCAAUUCUUGUUUCAAAUACAAGAUCAUGAUGAAUGCGUAUCAUGGAUAGAGAAGUUACAGUCUUCUGUAAAUAUUUCACCUACAUUAGAUGAAAGAGAAAUGCCAAUGUUUAUCACUUUACCUAUGAGAAGACGAAGAGUUGGUGGUGUUAUACCUUCAUCACUUUCCUCGUCAUCUUCAUUAUCACCAUCAUUAUCAUCGACGAACGGUAGUAUAAAUUAUGAAGGUAUACCUAUAAUAAACCCAUCUUCAAUGCCUAUUUCAGCUUCAGGUCUAACUUUUCAACAAUUUAACGAAAUGGCAAGAGAAUUACAACAAGUUCAAAUUACUGAAGCUUUGCCACAACAACAAUUAAUUUGGUAGUUAAGUUUAAGAGAAAAAAAAAAUAAGCAAAUUAUAAGUAAUUUUUCUUUAAGGACAAUUAAUUAUAAUUAUAAUUAUGUUAAAUAUUUUUAUAAGAACAAAGAUAUAUCUUUUUUAUAGAUAUUAUAUAUGUAGCAUUAACAUUGUAUUAUAUUGUGUACUUUUAUUUUUUU